AUGGAAGCACCAGAACCUGUCAAUUGCGAGUUCUCUGGCCAUGCAAUGGGUGGUGUUCCCACACGGCGGAUGGUGAAUCCUGCCCUAAGUCACAGCUAUCCUUUCUACACCAAUCCCGCAGUACCAUAUACAAUGUCGUUUCAACAACAGUCUGCGUCAACAACAUACAGCUUCGAGAACAUCUUAAACCACCAUCACAGUCACAGCCCAUACCCACAUUUCUUUGUCACGAAUCAGCCGCCGCCGCCGCUCAAUGCUCAACAUGUCCGUCUGUCUACAGAGGCACCCCAGGUACAGCCUGUCCCCAGCGUUCGGCCGGCCAAAAAUGCAAUAUUCAGGAUCCCUAGAGAUGCUAUGCCCAAGGUCGAGGUGCCGCCCGAUACCCCCCAGUUCUGCACCAGCCAUGGAGCAGCUUAUCUCCCAUCCCAUAUCAGAAUCCCAGGCCCGACGGAAGUUGAAUUCUCGACGGAGGUGGAUGUUUUGAUGAAAGCUAUUCAGUCUAGAGUCGGGUCGCCUAAGGAUUCUUCGCCCUCCCUGCCCCCGCUCCAGCAGUUUACCAGUGAGAACUACAGCUCUACUCCCCCACCUCACCCGGCGAGCCCCCCGACAAGCCGCAGCUCGAGCGGUCCUGAAGAUAACUCGCCUCCAAAGCUGAAGAAACCACGGAAGUACAUCUGCACACAUCCACAGUGCGGUAAAGGCUUUGCUCAGAAGACACACUUGGAUAUUCAUAUGAGGGCGCACACGGGUGAUAAGCCCUUUGUGUGCAAAGAGCCAAAAUGUGGCCAAAGGUUCUCACAGCUAGGUAACCUAAAGACGCAUCAGCGACGUCACACCGGCGAGAAACCCUAUUCCUGUGAUGUCUGUCAGAAGAGAUUUGCCCAGCUCGGAAAUGUACGAGCCCAUAAAAAUAUCCACUUCAAAAAGAAACCAUUUGUUUGUCUAUUGGAUGACUGUGGGAAACCAUUCACUCAACUUGGUAACCUCAAGUCCCACCAAAACAAAUUCCAUGCCUCGACCUUGCGACAGCUCACUUUGAAAUUCUCUGCGAUGACAGAGGGCGAGCCAAUGUCUCAGCCUGACCGUCAGUUAUGGGAGUACUUCGCCGACCUCUACAAAAACAGCAAUAAAGGCAUCAAGGGACGAGGGAAGAAUCGAGUCAUUUCUCCCACAAAGUCAGACCUCGGUAGCGAACACCGGGGGGGCAGCUUUCUUUUCCUCGGCAGGGACGAGGAUGUGAAGCUCCGGAGAGACAGCUACGAGGACUCGUCGUCCUACACCGGUAGUAGUGACGAGGACGAGAUUGAUGGCUACUAUACGGCUCGGCGGGCUCAAUGA